GGAAGUAGUAUGUGUUACCUUGGCUGGUGUGAGCCAAGGCACAGAACAAUGGAUUGCAUUGACGGGAACCUUAACAACACCUGUGAAUCGUGGAAAAAUAUGGGCAGACACUUAAGAAAUAUUAAGACAGCGAGGCACAUAAACACAUACUUACUGAAUCACGACAUUUAACCCAUUUACCUAUUUAAAGUUUAGGAAAGAUAACUUUUAACACCGCCUAAGCUAAAAUAAAUUAGUGACGAUUUGCGUAUGGUAAUUAAUACCCAGAAGCUACUCUGGAAAACCAAUUAACUUUCGAGCUGAGAAGAUUGUGACCAAUCGGAGAUUAAAACAUCACCGCGAACUUUUUUUUACAUUGUUGUAUCUGACCGGAAGUUGAAGAAGCAUAGCAAACCAGAUAGACAAUCUCCGACCUUCAAUAAACUUUGGCGAGUGAAAGCUAAUAACAAAAAUGGCUCCUGGAACUGUGGAUAUAGAAAGUAGUCCUGAUGAAUUGGACGAUUUUCCACUGUCAGCCAACCGUAACAGGACUCCAACAAUCUCCACAAAACGGAAGAAACGUAGAGCGCCUCCACCACAGCCACCCAAGAGACCAAGGCGUCAAGCUGCAUCGAGGGUGACCCGCAGCCUCAAUGACAGCAGCCUUGGCCCUACUUCUAAUAACUCCUCCCUGCAGCAGCAGCAAAAGUCCCAGAGGAAUUAUAGACGUCCUGCAUCAAUAGAUACAAACAGGGAGAGUGAGAGAAAGGAAGCCAUCUCUGCAAAGGACAUCUUUGAUGCAGUCAGCUCUGGAAAAACUGCAAUGGUGGCACUAGUGGACGAAUGGUUGGACUGCUACAAGCAAAACCGAGAGAAUGGACUGCUGGUGCUCUACAACUUCAUUGUCCAGUCCUGUGGAUGCAAAGGUGUGAUUAGUAGAGAGAUGCUUGAUAAAAUGGAGAAUGCUAAGAUCAUCGGCACACUGACUAAAGAGUUCAAUGAGGAUUCAGUGAUCUACCCUCUGAGUACUCCAAGUCCCCAACUGAAGCAUUUUAGAGCUGGACUGUAUGAGUUUGCUAAGGUUCUGGUGCACUCCUGCCAGAAUAGCAUUAUUUACGAUGAAUACCUCUUUCAAUCCCUGCUGUCCCUACUCACUGGCAUGUCAGACUCACAGGUCCGUGCCUUCAGACACACCAGCACCUUGCUUGCAAUGAGGCUGAUGACGGGGUUGGUGGAGGUGGCUGUGACAGUGUGUGAUCAGCUCCAGACCACCCAGAGACGUUACGACACAGAGAAGAACAAGAGGGCGAAUGACAGAGCUGUUGACAGACUGAACGAUCUUCAGGUCACCAUUAAUGAGCUGGUGGAGAAAAAGGAGGAUCUUUCUGCCAUGAUCAACUCAACAUUCCGUGGAGUGUUUGUCCAUCGCUACCGGGACAAGCUGGCAGACAUCAGGGUUUCCUGUAUCAGCGAGUUGGGCGUGUGGAUGAAGAUAAACCCAGAAAAGUUCCUGGAUGACAGCUACCUUAAAUACCUUGGAUGGACCCUCUAUGAUAAGCAAAGUCCAGUGCGUCUGCAGUGUGUGCGUGCCCUGCAGGGUCUUUACCAGGAUGAGAAAUUCAGUGGCCACCUGGAGCUUUUCACCAGCAGAUUUAAAGAGAGGAUGCUCUGCAUGGUGCAAGAUAAAGACUCAGACGUAGCGGUGGAAGUAGUCCGUCUCCUGCUGAUGAUCCAACAAGACUCAGAGGAAGCCCUGACAGAGGAGGACUGUGGAUGCAUCUAUCCCGUUAUUUACACCAUACAUCGAGGCCUGGCGUCCGCAGCUGGUGCCUUCCUAUACAACAAACUGAAGAGUUUGAGUUCCCAAAACAGAACGGAUAAUGAAAAAGGCCAAAAAGAAAACUUCUUUCAAAUGCUAAUCUCCUUCUUCAUUCAGAGUGAGUUCCAUGAGCACGCCACGUACCUGGUGGACAGUCUGUGGGACGUGGCGGGAUCUGAGAUGAGAGAUUGGGACAACAUGACAUCAUUGUUACUCCACGACACACGUCUGAUGGAUGAGGAGGAGACAGCUCUCAUUGAUGUGAUGAUGUGUGCCAUGAGACAGGCAGCACAGGCAACACCGCCUGUUGGGAGGAGUCAGAGCAAGAAGGUCCAAAGUAAAAAGGACAGGACUAUUCAGGAACAGGACAAGAGACGCAUCACCACACAUUUCAUCCCUUUACUGUCGCAGCUGCUAGAAAAGUACUCAGCAGAUGCAGGAAAGGUGAGCCUCCUUCUCAGAGCUCCGCUCUACUUUAACCUGGAAAUGUACAACAGUGCACAGAGGAUGGAGAAGCAUCUGGACCAGCUGCUGUCCCAGGUUUGUGGUAUUUUGGAGAAACACACUGCUGGCAUCGUUUUGGAGGCGUGCACCUAUGUGGUCAACGUUCUGUGUUCAAACGCGUACACCUUCUCCUCCCGAGCAAACCUGGUCUUCAGCCAGCUGAUGGACAGCCUGGUAGAGCGUUUUAACACGUACUUGAGUGACUUGCUGGAGGGCACUGCAGAAGAGAAUGACAUGUGUAGGGCAUCCAACGCUUUGAAAAGAAUUUCUGCAUUAAGUGGUGCUAAAGACCCGACAGGCUGGAAACUCUUUGACUCGUGUGUUAAACUGCUGCAGAGCAUGUUGGAGUCUAGAGAGCUGAACACAGAGCUCAUGGUGUCAUUGCUGAGAUUUGCAUUUUUACAUCUCUCUUGGGCCAGAGUGAAUGCAGAAACAUCUAACCUCCCCGAGGCCGAUCUGAAGCAACUCAGGAGGGAGAUGCGGUUGUUUUGCAGAAUCUGCCAGACAUGUCUUCCUCUGCCUCAGUCCACAAUCAGAGAUCAGGCCUUUGAGCUGCUCUGUGAUUUGCUGCUGUUGUUCAGUCAAGGUUCAAUCGGCACUAAUCAACAACUACAAGCACUGGUCCACCUUCCCUCUGAUUCGCUGCGCUCUGAAAUGGCUUCUUUCCUCAUGGAAAUUAUCUUUAACGACUCCGAUGAUGCUGAGCUCCAUGGCCAUAAUGAAGAGGAGAUGAGAAUAACUCUUCUCCAAAGGAAGCGUAACCAGCUGGCAGGUUACUGUAAGCUGAUCAUCUAUAGGGUGCUAGACCUCGUGGCCGCCACUGAUGUCUUCAAGCAUUUUAGCACGCACUUCAAAGACUUCGGUGACAUCAUUAAAGAGACGAUAAAUAAGAGCAAACUCAUCAAUCCAGUACAGAGUGCCAAGACUGUCUGUCUGACCCUGCAGCAGCUCUUUUCAGAGAUGGAGGAUAAGAACAGAAAGAAUCUUGGCGAGUUGAGAGACUUGGGAAAAAUGCUUGCCCUGACCUUUGGCCCCCACCUGCAUCGCGUCCGCGAGCCACUGGUGACCCUGCACAUGGACGGCAUACGUUUUGGUUUAAGAGUUCCAGAGGAUGGAGAGGAUCAGGACCUGUACGUGCUCUUUUUGGAAGUACUCAGCGAGUUCAGUUUGAAACUGUUGCCACAGGAUGGUGCUCAGCUAGCUGCAUAUUUUAAAUCAGAGUGUCCCAGUGCUGCCCUCUCCUGGCCAUCAACCAAGGUGUAUCUGCGCUCUUUGGAGACUCGCUCCACCAGACCAAGGGAGCAGAAGAGGGUUGGUGAUGCUGGCUCCAGCGGGCAGACUCCAGUGGCUAAACGCAGGAGGAAAGUGGUGCCUCAGGUGUCCAAAGCCACUGGAGGAUCUUUCCUGGACAGCAGCAGUAUUCCCAGUAUUCUUCCCACUCCAGCUGAAAAAUCCACUAUGAUCAAAAAGCCAAACCAAAAGCUCCCCCGAUCUCCAAGUUUGGACAGUGGUGGCAUAACUGAGGUGGAUUCUGAAGAUGACUUCCCCUCUGUGCCUCAAAUGCGAAAGGCUAAGCCAGUCAAACGCCUCACUACUUCCUCUAGCCAGGCUAACACCAGUACAGAUGCAAUGAACCUGAACUCCCAUCUCACCUUGCUUUCUCUGAUUGAGGAUGAUCAAACUGAACAGAUGGAAGAGGAUGACAUUGAGGAGUACGACAGUGACUCUGACCAUGGGUCUUCAUAUAUACUGCCUUCUACACGUCACACUCCAGUCAGUGUUCUCGAUGAACUCUUUGAUUGAAGCCACAGAGACAUCCAUCAUCUUCAAACAUCGUUGUUUAUAUGACCAGUUCAAACACAUUUACAUGUUGAAGAGUGAUUUUGAAAUCAACAACCAAUCAGAUGAGCUCAUAGUUACUGAUUUGUGUAGUAGGAAUAGUUAACUACUCAGGCCAUGUUGGACAUAUUCAGUUCUGAAUUUGUUGUUUGUUUGUUUGUUUGUUUGUUUUAAAGGAAAGAAUGGUGGCAUUUGCUCAAUACGUUUUCUAAUUUCUAAUGAAAGCUUCUCAUUUCGUGUUUAAUCAUUUUCAUGAUCCUUUGCAAUGCUGUCCAUGUUCAUUUUCAAGCUUUAUUAAUUAUUAUAACGUUUUUGAAUAAGCACAAGCACUUGUGAUUAUUUCAUGUAUUUUGUUUAUUUGUAUUUUUGCUUAAACAAUGAAAGUUGAAUGAAAAUGGUAUUGGGAUUGGAAAAAAAGGUUAUUUCUUAAAAGGAACAUUUACUGUGGAAAAUAUUUGUAAGUGCUUGAAAUGUCACUGUGCAAAAUGUACAGUUUGGACCUUUAAGCCAACAAUUGUUCACUCAGUGUUUUAAUAGAGCCAAAUUCAAGCCUGAAAUCGCGUAUUAUUUUCGGGUUCAGCUCAGGUUGCAGAAACAAAUACCGACAUCUGUUUUCGCGCCAUUACAGCCAAACUCGGCGGAAAUAGUCAGAGACACGUGAUGCGGGCUUGCCCACAGCUUUCGCGCCACCGUAAAAUCCCACCCUUCGCUGUGCAAAGAAUCGCCCUGAUUGGCUUUCAGUGACGACCGACUGGCGCCAAACUUCUCCGAGAGUAAAGACGGAAAGUGUGGAAGAAGGCGGCUGCAGGUUUCUACCGGUGACUGUGAGGCAGAGUGAAUUGAAAACUUAAACCCUGUUUGACUGCUGGAUUCUCUCAAACGAUCGAGUUAUUCGCGUGUUCUCGUCUAAGGCGUCGCAGUUCU